AGACGCAGAGAAUUCCUCGCUUCCGGUGGCGGGGACGGGAAGCUGGCUGAGGCGGUGUGAGCCCGGCCCCUAGCAGCCGCUUCGGACGUCCCGAGCCCCAACAGGCCUCCUUAUAGAUCCCGGGCGUCUCGUCUCCGUGUAGCCCACCAUGGUCCAGCUAACCUCCCUGCUCUGUAAAACUUACCGAGGUGGCCACGUGGCCAUCCGCCUGGCACUCAGUGGCUGCACCAACAGGCCCUUCUACCGAAUUGUGGCCGCCUACAACAAGCGUUCCCGAGAUGGCCGCUUCUUGGAGCAACUGGGCUGCUAUGACCCCCUGCCCAACAGGAAUGGGGAGAAGCUCGUGGGCCUCAACUUGGAGAGAAUCCGGCACUGGUUAGGCUCCGGGGCCCAUCUCACCAAGCCCGUGGAGAAGCUUCUAGGUCUUUCUGGAUUUUUCCCUCUGCAUCCCAUGACUGUCACAAAUGCGGAGAGGCUUCGACGGAAAAGAGCUCUUGAAGCCAGUUUAGCUUCUCAGGCAGUAAACACAGAGACUGGACCCAGCUGAGUGGUAUGAGAGGGCUCUGCAAGUGCAGUCAAGAAGCAGUUCUUAAGGGCUUAUUCAUCCCAGACACUCUGCUAAGUGCUUCAAGGAAUAUGGUACAUCUUAGUCGAAGAACUCUUUCUGUUUUGUUCUAAGGUGAAUAAAUGGAAUUUUCAGA